AUGGCUUUGAAAUGGAUUCCAUUUCUGUUGUUACUACAGCUGAGUCAUUACUUCAACUCUGAGUGUGGAAAAGUGCUGGUUUGGCCAGUGGAAUAUAGCCAUUGGAUGAAUUUAAAGACAAUAUUGGAUGAACUUGUACGGAGGGGUCAUGAGGUGACUGUUCUGAGACCGUCAUCUGCUAUUAUUGUGGAUAUCAAUGAACCAUCUAAUAUUAAAUUUGAAACUUUUCCUUCAUCUUUCAAAAAAGAAGAAAUGAAUUCUUUCUUCAUGAAAUCUGUCAUGAUGUGAACAUAUGAUAUCUCAAAACAUUCAUGUUUGUCAUAUUUUCCAUUGUUGGAAGAAAUGUUUAUGGAAUAUUCUGACUUUUGGGAAGCUAUUUGUAGAGAAGCAGCUUCAAACAAGAAACUUAUAGCAAAGCUACAAGAGUCAAGAUUUGAUGUCCUCCUUGCAGAUGCUGUCAGUCCCUGUGGAAAACCUACAACCUUAGCUGAGACAAUGGGGAAAGCCAAAAUUUGGCUCAUUAGAUCCUACUGGGAUCUGGAAUUUCCUCACCCAGCCUUACCAAAUGUUGAUUUUGUUGGAGGACUUCACUGUAAACCUGCCAAACCUCUGCCUAGGGAAAUGGAAGACUUUGUCCAGAGCUCUGGAGAAGAUGGCAUUGUGGUGUUUACCCUGGGAUCAAUGGUACCUAACAUAACAGAAGAAAGGGCCAAUUCUAUUGCAUCAGCCCUUGCACAGAUUCCACAAAAGGCUCUGUGGAGAUUUGAGGUUGAGAAACCAGCCACCUUAGGAGCCAAUACUCGGCUGUAUAAUUGGCUCCCCCAGAAUGACCUUCUUGGUCAUCCCAAAACCAAAGCUUUUAUAACUCAUGGUGGAGCUAACGGUGUCUAUGAGGCAAUCCACCAUGGGAUCCCUAUGGUGGGUAUUCCUUUGUUUGAAGAACAACAUGAUAACAUUGCACACAUGGUGGCAAAAGAAGCAGCCAUUGGACUGGAGAUAAAAACAAUGUCAAGUGCAGAUUUGCUCAGAGCAUUGAAGACCAUCAUUAACAACCCUAGCUAUAAGGAGAAUGCUAUGUGGCUAUCAACCAUUCACCACGAUCAGCCUUUGAAGCCCCUGGAUCGAGCUGUCUUCUGGACUGAGUUUGUCAUGCGCCACAAAGGAGCCAAGCACCUGAAGCCACUUGCACACAACCUCACCUGGUACCAGUACUACUCUUUGGAUGUGAUUGGAUUUCUACUGGCCUGUGUGGCAACUGUUACUUUCCUUGUCAUAAAAUGUUGCUUGUUUGGCUAUCAAAAGUUUGUUAAGAUAGGGAAAAAGAAAAAGAAGGAGUAG